AGAUUCUUGAGGGGAAGAGAAAACAAAGUAAAAAAAAAAUUGAUGCUUCGGAAUUCUUCAACCCUUUCUUGGAUCUCACUGUUCUGUUGCAGAGAGUCCCAACCAUGGUAUCACUGCGGCCGCUGCCAUCAAGCACCAUCUACCGUCCGGGCUUCACCACAACAAAGUUUCAUUUCAUCCUUCUCCUGCAUCUCUCUAUUUCUCCUGCAACUGCAACUCCUCUACGACGUCUCCCUCCAUUGCUGAUUUCGAUGGUAAAGGUGGUGGCUUUCGGCGGGUUCAGUCGGAGGGGAACUUGGAAGGACUUGCAUAUGCUUCCUGCGACGUUAAUGAAGAUUUCUACGACGAAAUUCGAGUGCCCAACAAGGUUUCAGGAAGACAAAAGUGCUUGAUGUUGCAGGCUAUACCCUCCUUUUCUUUUUACAAUUCGAAGGCUAGGUGUGAGGAGGAAGAAGAUGAAGGUGAAGAAAUAAUCUUGGGUGGGGGGGUGGUGUGGAAGGCACUAUUUAAAAUGUGCAUGCUAAAAAUAAAAUUUUUUUGGCUUG